AUGCGGUACACAGCCUGUGGAGAACGCCAGUGCACCGUACAGCUCUACUGGAUAACGAUUGCGUCAAAUUCGAGGGACGAGCCAAUCGGUGGCGUCGACUGUGCGUGUGCGUACACUACGGCCAUACGCGAUUUCGCUCGUGACAUUUCGACGAUCAUUACGACAACGAACGAACGUAACUUAGGGUGGUCUCAAGUUCCGGACGAUGUCGUAUGCAUUGAUCCGGCGAGCAGCAUGACCGUCAAAUGCGUCAUCGACGCUGCUGAUUAA